AUUCGCCAUUCAUUCUUUCAGCCAGUCAGUCAGGUUCAGUUUUUAGUUAGGUCUCGGUCUUUCUCCCCGUUGCGUCGAAAAGUUCAAGAGUGAAAAAGUUGUUGAUUGAUUGCUGAAGAAAAUAAGUGCUGUCUGAAAAAGUGCAGAAUUUAAUCGGUUUUUCGUUUUCGGUGAAUGUGUGUGUCCCGUUUUUCUGUCGUUUCUGGUGAAGUUAAACAGCGGUGAAGGUGUGAAAACUUCAGACAAGGGGGCGGUGUAUUUUUCAGAGUGAAAAAUCUAGAUUUUCCUCCCCUUCGGAUGUCGGAAGGUGGAUAGAAGUUGCUGCUUUUCGCAAAAGGAUGUGAUUUUUCUGUUUGUGGUUGUAGAAUAACGUUGAUAACAAAAAAGAAAGCAGUGUAGAAAGUUUUCGUUGGUGAAAAAUCCAUUUUGUCUCUGGUUUUUUUUUUUCCGAGUCCGGAUCGGUUGGUGGAACAUCAGUAGCGAGAGGAGGAAGCAGGCGAAAGUGGAAACAGUACGCGACGGAAGACUGGUGAUCGAAGUUGAGGAAAAGCUUCCGAAUCAGCAAAACAAGCAGAAGCAGAAGAAGAAAACUUUGGAUAGGCAGCAAAAUGGGUAAAACCAAGAUCCAGUGCAGCAAAUGCCAGAAAAAAUGCUCCGGCGAGGUGUUGCGUGUUUCGGACCGAUAUUUCCACAAAACGUGCUUCCAGUGCACCAAAUGCAACAAAUCGUUGGCGACGGGCGGCUUCUUCUCGAAGGAUGGCGCCUACUACUGCACCCUGGACUACCAGAAGCUGUACGGUACCAAGUGUGCCGCCUGCAACCAGUACGUGGAGGGUGAGGUCGUGUCCACCAUGGGCAACACAUAUCAUCAGAAGUGCUUCACCUGUAGCAAGUGCAAACAGGCGUUCCAGUCGGGCAGCAAGGUUACCAACACUGGCAAGGAAGUUCUCUGCGAGAGCUGUGUCAAGGGUCCAGUGGCGACCGCUCCACAGACAACGCCCUCUGCAGCAGCGUCACCAAAGCGACAGAUCGAGCAGGUGCAGGAACAGAAGACGAUCAAAGAAAUUACCUCCAGCCCGACCAAGGCAGCUACCCUUCAGCACCACCAGGAAGCAAUCCGAAAGCAGCAGAAUAGCAAAGACAUCGAUCCGAACGAAUGCGCCGGCUGCCACCAACAGCUGAAGGAAGGUCAAGCGCUGAUCGCGCUCGAUCGGCAGUGGCACAUCUGGUGCUUCAAAUGCAACGCGUGCGGUGUCACACUGAACGGCGAGUACAUGGGCAAGGAUGGUGUUCCGUACUGUGAGAAGGACUUCCAGAAAUCGUUUGGGGUCAAGUGUGCCUACUGUAACCGGUACAUUAGCGGUAAGGUGCUGCAGGCUGGUGACAAUCAUCACUUCCACCCGACGUGCGCCCGGUGUACCAAGUGCGGCGAUCCGUUCGGAGAUGGCGAAGAAAUGUACCUGCAGGGUGGUGCAAUAUGGCACCCGCGAUGUGGCCCCGGGCCGUCGUCCGAGUCCGGCAUACUGAACGGGGUCGAAACCAACGGGUUCACCACGGAAACCGAGUUCGACCGAACCAGUACAAGUGCAAUGAGUGAAAUUCAGUUUUCGUUACCUUCACAAACACCAAGUUUGAGUGGUUCUGUUUAUAGUCCUUACACGCAUAGAAAGUAUCACCGUACCACCAGCCCCGGGCUAAUUCUGAGAGAGUACAACCGUCACGGGUUCGAGGAUAUCGCUCGUAUCUACACCUACAGCUAUCUGACGGACGAGCCGCACUACCUGAGGAAACCGAUCGAACCGUACGACAAGGCGCCGGUGUCGCCUCAUUUCCACCGGCCCAACCAGUACGGCAGCGGGCACCGUUCGGCCUCCGGGUCACGGUCCCACUCGCGAAGCCGCAGCGCUAUGAAAGUGCUGGUGGAUAGCAUCCGCUCGGAGACACCACGUCCCAAAAGUCCCGGCAUGAACAACGAAGAACCGAUCGAGCUGAGUCACUAUCCGGGAGCGAAGAAGCCCCCACCGGGCGAAAAACCAAAGAUUGAGCGGGACGACUUCCCGGCGCCACCGUAUCCGUACACGGACCCGGAACGGCGGCGACGUUAUUCGGAUUCCUAUAAAAACAUCGAAUCGGAUGACGAAGUGGACCAUCACGCGAAGAACAAGGAACAUAAGGAUAAUCGGGCUGAAAUACUGCUCCAAAAGGAAGAAGAGGAACUGAGCAAACUGAAAUCAUCCGGUAUGGGCAAGGUCAUUCUGAAGGACCUCCAGGAACACAAGAAGUACGAACACUGGAAACGGGAGAACCUCGAUCCACGGAAUGCCUCGCGCACUCCGUCGGCAUCGAAGGAACCCACCUACCGACUGCGAUACGAAUCGCCAGUGGGUGCCUCGCCCUCUCGAAACCUGGACCAUCAUCGACCGGUGGAAGACGAAUAUUUCGAUCGAUCGACCAGCUACCGCGGUUCCGUCGGCCGUGCCAUCGGAAGCGCGCCCAGCUACAAUGCCAUCCACUCGUAUAGGUCUCCUCCGAAGCCAGGAUACGGAUUCAAAACGUCAACGCUGCCACCUUCGUCGAUAAGAAACGGUUACAGCUCUGAUUUCUCGUUCGGUGGACUUGGAGAUAAGACACACAGUACGGAAUUCAGCUGCGGCAAGAGCGACGUCUCCGUCGACUCAAUAACGGAAGGCGAUCGGCGUGCCCUGGGAGCUGACAUCCCCGCCUCGAGCACCUACUCGGGUGCCCUGUCCUAUCACUAUCCCCAGCAGCCGAUCCGGCGCAGCUUGCCGAACAUGGCCCACUCGAUGCUGGUGCACGAACCGGCCAAAAUCUACCCGUACCAUUUGCUGCUGAUUACCAACUACCGCCUGCCGUCCGAUGUGGACCGGUGUAAUUUGGAGCGCCAUCUGUCGGAUGUGGAAUUUGAAGCGAUCCUUCAAAGCACUAGAGCCGAAUUCUAUCGUAUGCCCCAGUGGAGACGGAACGAAAUCAAGAGACGUGCUCGUAUGUUCUAAAAAACGAUACAAUGUCUAGAUAUUCAGAUUUGUGACCGCGCGCAGCUGAGGAAGCAGUUUUACCACGUAUCGUACUAUUGUUUAAUCAGUUUUUAGAUUGUUUUUCUUCACGAAAACAAAAUGACUAUAGAAUCACAUCUAACAAAAAAAAAUGCUUCAUUUUCACCAAUGUUAAAAGUUAUGGUUGAGCUAGUAGUAGCUUAGCACCGGAUAAGAAAUCUUUUUUUUUUGUUUUAUUGUUAUAUUUUAGUAUCGACCUCCUUCUAAGUUCCAGAUAGAUAAAUAGAGAAAACUAGCCGCAAGCGAACGACACAAGAAAGAUAACAAUUUAUAACGGAAAACGUGGUUGAAGUAAAACUUUAUCUUGCUUUCGCUUCAGAUGCUAAACUACCUAUCUAGUAAUAUGGACAAACAAGCAACAAUUAUAUGGAAACAAAAUUUGAAUAUACCACAACAAACAAAAAUGAUAACAAAGUAUAUUUUAAACCUAAGCUUAUAAUUAGAUUGUAGCAAAACGAAAGAGAAAAAAAAACACUACAGUAAUGACCCGAUUUUGCCAGCCCCCUUUUUGAAAAUCUUUUCUAAUGUUCUACGAGACCCAUGCACUUAUUGCACCACAGCAUACCUGAAACAUCCAUCUUGAAGUUGAAUGAGGAAGACUUGGAAUUACGGUUAUGUGAAAUUGGUGAACGAUAAAAGUCUGAUGCGCGGAGGGGCUGACAAAAUCGGGUCAUUACUGUUCUAAGUUAGAACGAGAGGAAAGGAAAACAAUUGGGGUGGGAUCAUAACUUGCAUUUAUAAAGGAGUUUUUGGCGCUAAAAUAGGAAUUACAUACAGCAGUUUGAAUUACUUGUUUUCAGUUCAAACGGAUUUUUUUUUCCUUUUGCGUGAAGCAGGUGGGAUGUGGGUUAUGUUGGUUUGCCGGAGUUCACUCAAUUAUGGUUUUACGCGAAUAUUUAUCGCCUCUAUUUUUGAUCGCGUGAUCAUGAAUUGCAACCUUUUUUUUUUUUUUAAAAUCAAAGAAAAAUAUGGUGUUAUUAAAAAUGCUAUACUCAUCCUGCAUGGGGGCAAAAUCGAAAAAAAUGAAAAUCGAGUAAAAGCAGAAUUGAGUGCAUGUAAAUGCGUCAGUAAAAACCGCCUGAUAUAACCAAGUGCGUACGAAUCGAGAAUAGGAAAACAAAAUUGAUUGCUUCAUGCUACUUUUUUUUCAGAGGUUUGUAAAUACAUUAUUAUUUAAAACAAAGGUGAAUAAUAAGGACAAAAGAACGGAUAGUCAAGGCCAAUGUUGAAGAAUGAAAUUAGGAAGGUUAGCCUUAAACCAAAUGUACUGUACUAACAAUAUAGGGCACUCUUUUGUUUAAUCGGAGACACGAUUUUCGGGCCAACAAGCGCGCCUUUGAGUCAGAAAAGGCAACUAAUGUAUUCUAUAAACAUUACGAGGGAUGCUAAACAGAUACAACAGAGAUUUAAAUCAAACCUAGUUUAAAUAAUUACAAAAUUAAUUAAAAAUAAAAUUAAAAUUAACUCUUCAAGUGAACUAUUGUAGGUCGUUAGUCUAGUUGAGUAAACAUUGAAAUCACAUUUGAAAUUGUUCGAACACCCCCAAAAAUGGCAUAUUAUCAAGAGCAACUCAAUAAUUUCUCAUCCAAUUUUUGAUUUUUACACUGUUUUGGAAAGUGAAAAGUCAGGGCUUUUAAAAAUAUCCUACACAUUUAUGGAGAUUUCACUAAAAUUCUUUGAGAUUUAAAAAAAAUAAAUUUGAAUUUUAUGCAAAAAAAAACUUCAAUAAAAUGCUACUAACUUUUUAGGAUCACCUCGGAUCGUCUUCCGGUCUUCGACAAAGUUGUUGAGUAUAUAAUUUCCUAUUAUCAUAUUGGAUUUUGUGAUUUUUGGGACAUUUGCAAUGUCACUUAGCGACAACACUUUGAAAAUGAUGUUUGUUAAUACAUUCUAAACUUCAACUCGGAAAAAAAUAGUUUCAAAUGGGUAAAUGUUGACCGCUUUGGCUCAAAGUUUGAACAAAGCCUCUGGAUUGCAUACACUGAGGCAAACGAAAGUAAGAAUCCCAUAAGAACCACUGAUGAAUUUUAGCCACAAGGAAUCCGUACGAAUUUCAUUGCCUUAUGGAAAACUAUGUUGGCAAAAAAAUAAUUAAAUUGAGUUGACUGGACUCGUCUUUCAACGCUUGGUAUGAUGAAAUGACUAAUGGCGUAUAAGAGCUACCUCAUGUCAGACGAAGAUCAGCCAUAAACCGCUGUUCACGCCAAAUUCCCCUAAUUUGAAUUAAAUCGAUUAUAUUUUGUAACCUUCGAAAACAAGUCCAGUGAGCAAUGUUAAUAUAAAGAACUAACGUUGGAUAGUUCUGGAAGGCACCAUGGAAGACGUGGAAGACUUUCUUUUGGAUUUGUAAGCUGGGACACUGGUGCAAAGUAAACACUUAGAUUCGUUUGUUCUCUGGUAACAGAUUGUAGAUAACUGAACUCUUUAUUACAUUUGAUAGCCUAUUUAUAAUGGUACACUUGUAUGUAUUUAAGUGGAAUUAUAGCACCUUUAGAUGAACAGUUGCAGCCUCUAGGGGUAUGGUAGUCUGAAGUACCUUUUUCCCCCGCAAGGAUAUCCACCAAAUCGAUCACCAAGGAAAACCAAAUCGAUCACGUUCUAAUCGACGGGAAAUUCUUCUCCGACAUUAUCAACGUCCGCAAGUACCGCAGUGCGAACAUAGAUUCGGACCACUACCUAGUUGCAGUAUGCAAGCGCUCAAAACUCGACGGUGCAUAACACGGUGCAGUCGAACGCCGCGACCCAACAUUGAGCAAUUACGGGACGCCGGAGUUGCCCAGGACUACGCGCAGCAGCUGGAUGUUGCACUACACACGGAAGAGCAGCUUGGCGCAGCUUCUCUUGAAGAUGGCUGGAGGGACAUCCGUUCCGCCAUAGCGGCACUAGGUACUGCGAUCCCGGAUCGAAGAAAUGACUGGUUUGACGGCUAAUGGAAACUGUUAGUAGAGGGGAAGAAUGCAGCACGGGCGAGAAUGCUGCAACACCGCACGAGAUUGAAUGUGGAGCUAUGCAGACAAGCGCGGAACAGACUCGGUUUUCCGAAGGAAGAAGUGUCAGCAGGAAAACAGAGAUCGCGAGGCGAUGGAAAAUCUGUACCGCGUAAACGAUACACGGAAGUUCUACGAGAAGCUUAAUAGUUCGCGCAAAGGCUACGUGCCGCAAGCCGAUAUGUGCAAGGACUUAGACGGUAACCUUCUCACGAACGAAUGUGAGGUGAUUGAGAGGACGAGCACCUCAACGGUGAUGCAGCAGAAAACGAAGGUGGCACGGCAACAGACCUUGGAGCACGCGCAGAAGACGACAGGCUACCGGCCCCUGAUCUUCAAGAAGUUGAGGAGGCGAUCGGUCGGCUGAAGAACAACAAAGCAACUGGUGUAGAUCAACCAUCAAGUGAGCUAUUGAAAUACGGUGGUGAAGCACUGGCUAGGCGCUGCACUGGGUAAUUGCCAUGAUUUGGGAGGAGGAGAUAUUACCGGAGGAGUGGAUGGAAGGUGUCGUAUGCCUAAUCUACAAAAAGGGCGACAAUUUGCUGCAACUACCGCGCGAUCACACUGCUCUCGAUCACACAGGUACUCUCCCAAAUUCUAUGCCGCCGCCUGUCACAAUUUGCAAGAGAGUUUGUGGGGCAAUACCAGGCGGGAUUCAUGGGUGCCCGCGCUACUACGGACCAAAUUUUCGCGAUUCGGCAGGAUCUGCAGAAAUGCCACGAAUACAACGUGCCCACACAUCAUUUGUUCAUCGAUUUCAAAUCCGCAUACGACACAAUCGAUCCAGUGAUGUGCGUUGUUCGAGUAUCGGGGACACUAUCGAGUCCCUUUGAAUCUCGAAGGGGGUUACGGCAAGGUGAUGGACUUUCGUAUCUGCUAUUCAACAUCGCGUUAGAAGGUGUGAUCAGAAGAGCUGGGAUAGACACGAGUGGCACAAACUUCAGGAAGUCCAUCUAGUCUCUUGGCUUCGCCGAUGGCAUCGACAUCAUGGUACGGAACUUUGAGACGAUGGCGGAAACGUACAUCAGACUGAAGGCUGAAGCUAGGCGGAUUGGACUUGCCAUCAACGCAUCGAAGACAAAAUACAUGAAAGCAAGAGGUUCUAGGGAAGACAAGGUUAGCCUACCACCCCGAGUUCAUAUUGAUGGUGACGAAAUUGAGGUGUUCGAUGAGUUCGUGUAUUUGGGCUCACUGGUGACCGCCGAAAAUGAUGCCAGCAGAGACAUUCAAAGACGCAUUAUGGCAGGGAAUCGUGCCUACUUUGGACUCCGGAGGACGCUCCGGUCGAAUAAAAUUCGCCGCCGCACGAAGUGGUCGUGGAGGACCAACGGCGCCCUUGGUGAUUUCGAACGGAAGGUGUUGCGUACCAUCUACGGUGAAAUGCAGAUGGAUGACGGAACGUGGAGGAGGCGAAUGAACCACGAAAUGUACAAGCAGCUGGGAGAACCAUCCAUCGUUCACAUUGCAAAAAUUGAGCGUCUACGGUGGGCUGGGCACGUCGUUAGAAUACCGCACGACGACCCAGUGAAAAUGGUUCUAGGCGCGCAGCGGGAAAGGUGGAUCGACCAAGUAGAAGGCGACCUGCGAACCCUUCGUAGACUACGAGGCUGGCGAAUUGUGGCCAUGGAUCGAGUAGAGUGAAGACGACCUCUCCGGACAGCAGAGGACAACAAGGCAUUAGCCUGAUUGGUAAGGUAUGUAAGACCGAAAUGUAAAGCUUCCAAAAGUGUGAUGAUAUAAAGGUUAAGCUCUAUUAUUCUAAUUUUGGUUCUUAAGUUGUUCACUGCAGAUGUCUUGUUCUCGAAGGUACAAAAUAUAAUCGAUAUAAUUCAAAUUAGGGGAAUUUGGCGUGAACAGCCACGCUUAUGAAAUUCAUAUGUGUCGUUCAUAAGUCGAGUCUUAUGAAAUUAUUAUGUUUAUUUGCCUCAGUGUAGAGAACAAGUGGUACUAUGGCGAGGAGGAUCAUGUUUCAGUAACCCUAAUGGUGUCUUAAAUUAGAAAAAUUAGAUUUGUUUGUAGAAAAAUCAUAUUUAAUUAUAAAAAUCUCAACGAAUUUCGUAAACUUCACGUAUGAAGUAACAUAAAAACACUUUGAAUGUAACCUAACGUGCUAGAUCACGUAUGAUGUGAUGAUCUGAUCUCAGACAGGUGUCUCUGAACCUUUCCUAGAAGAGAAGACCGUUCUUCGCUGUUUAAAAGUCUGAAGACCGGUGGACCUCAGAAUUUUGCGUCCGUGGAGGACUGUUUAGGAUCAUCUGAAGGAUCUUGGAGUUUAAGGUGAUGGAAUUUGGCGCAACUCUCCCAGAUUGCCAUACCGUACUCGGUUACAGAGCAAGCUUAUUUUUCAGGGACAGAGUGGAAUGCAUUGUUUACAUAAGCAGAUAAAUCCCUUCGAAAAAGUAAUCGAGAAUUACUUUUAAUGUUUGCGUUGUUAGAACAACUUCAGAUUUGAUUUCAUGGUGUACUCGACUUAGACUAACAUCCUACAAUAGGUCAAUUGAAAAGUUUUUUUUUAUCGUGUAACACCGUGUUAUUUCCGUGAUUUCAUAGGUAUCUACAGGUCUAAGCAACUUAUUUCCCUGAUUGUAAUAAAAUUUUAUUUUUGAUGUGUAAUAAUUGCAACUCACUCACCCCUCGACUGUAAUCAAAUGCACGUUGGUUGCCUUUUUCUGACAUUAGGUGGUAUGUCCAACAGGAAGCUUUACUAUUUUCCCUGCGUUUUGUAUGGAAAAUCUAAGAGCGAACUACAAUAUUGUUAAUAUAGUAUAUUUGCUAAAACGAUAAAGGUGAAAAUUAAUUGCGAUAAGUUUUAAUCAGCGUAAAUUAUAUUCAUAAGUAGCUUUUUUUUUAUUUAUGAAGAACAUUCUAGAAUCAAACCCAAGCUACAAAAAGAAGCUUCUAAUAAAUAUGGCUAUUCUAGGGCAGUUCUUUUGUGUUUUUUUUUCAAGCGGUAUAUUGAUGAGGGGAAAAGGGGGAGGCGCGUGUUGUUGUUCGGUUUGAUUUACACAUGAUAACUCUUGAACGAACUCGGGAACUUUCGAAACAAUUGCUGUGGCUUUGAAAAACUCCAAACGCAACACUCGAAAAAGUCAGUAAACUGCGAUAUUUCGCAGUAUUGGAUUGUAGCUACAUUUGCUUCUGAGUUCAGUGCCUCCCUUAAAAAAAGGACGGUAUUCUAUUCAAACACAGUCCCGCCUCCCUUCAAAGUGUGAAUUGCAAUUUAAUACCAAUUAGCUUCAAAAAAAUGAUAAAGAGGAACAUCCAUUCCGCUAAGAACGAACAUGUGGCUUCAAAACUCGCGCGCAUUUGAUAUGCGCAUGAACACCAAAACCAACGCUAAUGAUUAAGCAAGAAUUAGCUAGAACACUCUACCUACAUAGAAACAGACAACACAAAAUCGCAUCGUGAUCGUUUGUGUAACAACUGGCACUGGCUUUAUUCGGCGCAUCAUUAUAGCUACAAUAUUACUAUUAAAUUCAAGUCAAUGUCGAUCGAUGGCUGCGGAACGAACACCGCAUAUGCGCACUUGCGUGAUGUUACUGUAAGAACUACAUUUUGAAGAAAAUUACUACUGCCAUAGGAAGAACUUAACAAAAUAAUUUACGCGAAUAAACCGGAAUCACAUGAUCGUGCCACCCGUCGGUGGGUAUAGGUUCAAAUCUUUAGCAAUAAAUUGCGGCAGCGAAAUAAAAUCAAAAGAUAAAAAGCUCCGACACGCUACUAACUAAAUCGAGAUAUUUGAAUGGCAACUUAGAAGCGAUCUUUGAUGAUAUUUUUUCACCUAAUUGUAAUAGCAUUAGAUUGUAGAAAAGUGUUCGCAUAAUUGCCUGAAAGAAAUUCGUUUCUUGUUUAAAUUGCCACCCUUUAAAUCUCACAGGGUAAUUCAAAAA